AUGGCGCACACCUGUUCCUGUGCCUCGACCGAGGCAACCGGGGAGGUCUCAGCCGGCUCAUCAGGCUCUCACGCCUUUGCCGGUUCAUCAGGUUUCUGCGCCUCAGCGGAGGUGACCGGUUCGGAUCCCCGGGAUAGUCCCUUUAGUUGGCAUCCUGCGACUGGAGCCGAACACGCCGGGGAGUGGCCCCAUCAACCUAGCCCCAUCACCCCAACCAGAUCACCCCAGCCCCAUCUCCCCAGCCCCAUCACCCCAGCCCCAUCACCCCAGCCCCAUCACCCCAACCAGAUCAUCCCAGCCCCGUCACCCCAGUCACGUCACCCCAGCCCCAUCACCCCAGCCCCAAUCAUCCCAGCCCCAUCCCCGGGCCCCAUCAGCCCAGCCCCAUCACCCCAGCACCAUUACCCCAGCCCCAUCACCCUAACCAGAUCACCCCAACCAGAUCACCCCAGCCCCAUCACCCCAGUCACAUCACCCCAGCCCCAUCACCCCAACCAGAUCACCCCAACCAGAUCACCCCAGCCCCAUCACCCCAGUCCCAUCACCCCAGCCCCAUCUCCCCAGGCCCAUCACCCCAACCAGAUACCGCAACCAGAUCACCCCAGCCCUAUCUCCCCAGCCCCAUCACCCCAGCCCCAUCACUCCAGCCCCAUCACCCCAGCCCCAUCUCCCCAGCCCCAUCACCCCAGUCACAUCUCCCCAGCCCCAUCACCCCAGCCCCAUCACCCCAACCCCAUCUCCCCAGCCCCAUCUCCCCAACCCCAUCACCCCAGCCCCAUCAUCCCAGUCACAUCUCCCAAGCCCCAUCUCCCCAGCCCCAUCACCCCAACCCUGUCACCAGUCUCUCUCCAUCCCCUGCCCUCAUCCAGCACCAACUAUAAGGGAAUUAAUUUCCCUCGGCAGUCUGGCUCAUCUAUUGCCACAAACAUUGUGAGGACUGCAGUCACAUCAUGUUGA